CCUGACAGACGUUAACCAGGGAUGUAUUGCCAAUGUUGUUCAGAAUCGUCGCAUGUUUCCAACGUCAUCACUUACGGCAACAAGGAACGAUCUUGGUUCUGAGGGCACACGUGUGGUUGUUGUAAACGUUUACCCAUGGCAGGCUCGUUUUCUCGGGAGCUCGAGGAUUUGUUAAAUCCGUUGCCUAAAUUUGCUGAUCCAGAGGAUGACGAUGAUGACGAGACCACCAAAGCCAAAGUGAUAGAAGGAUUCAACGAGGACGAUGACGACGACGAAGAUGGGGUCGGACCCAGCGCUUUGCGGACGCACAACACGUCCUUGCUGUCAGAGACGGACAGAAGGUACGUGGGGAAGGCAGUCUCUCGUAAACAGCUGCUCAUUGAUAUUGAGGGGUCUGCUGAUGAGGAGGACGGUGAUGAUGAUGAUGAUGAUGAUGACGACGACGACGACGAAGAGGAGGAGGAGGGCUGCAUAGAGCUAGAAGAAGAUGAAGAAGAGGAUUCUGUUGGGAGCGAAGAGGCAGAUGGUGGCGAUGAUGAAAGUUAUUUAGAAGAUGAGGAGGAGGUGGGCAGCGAUGCACAACUAGCAUCUAAGACAAAUGGUGCUGACAUGACCUUUCCUCAGGGAGUGGACUUAUAUAAACUGACCGAUGGCAUGGAUGACCUGGGAGUGAGUGAAGAUGAUGAUAGUGGCGAGGACACUGAAAGCAGCGAUGAAGAUGACGGUUCUGAUGAUGAAGAGAUGGAAGAUGAUAAUGAAGAUGGCGAGGGCGAGGGAACUCUCCGCACAUUUUCCCAAGAAAAAGUAGACGAGGAGGUCGAGAAAGGGAAGGCUGUGAAGAACCAGCUGGCCCUGUGGGACCAACUGCUCGAGGGUCGGAUCAAAAUCCAGAAAGCUCUGGUGACCGCCAACCAGCUUCCCCAACCGCAGACUUUCCCAGAGUUCAAGAGGAGGGGUGGAGCCAAGCUUGCGGGAGAGCUGAAGAACACCCACAAAGCUUUGAAAGCUCUUCAAAGAUCCUUACUGGAGCUGCACGAUCAGCUACUCUACCAGAACGCAGAAACAAGGACCAUCGCUUUGGGGAAGGCGGGAACAAAAGAUGAAGAUGAAGAGAUAAACAGUGACGAGAAUGAGGAUGAGCAGGUGUCUUUGCAGGAAGGUGGAGCACCUAAACGAAAACUGGAGAUGGCAGAGUACCCUGACUUCAUGGCCAAACGAUUUGCUGCUUUCACACCUUACCGUAAUGCCACAUUGCAGAAAUGGCAUGACAAAACCAGACUGACUAUGGGCAAAAGCUGUAAGGGUUUUGGGGCGUUCGAAAGAAACAUAUUGACCCAAGUGGAGCAGGUGUUGAUGGACAAUGAGAGGCUGGUGCGUCGCACCCAGACCCGACGCUCAGAGUACACGAUCCUGGGGAAAAAAGAAGCUCCCACUCUUGUCUCUGAGACCGUCUUUCCAGAGGGAGAAGAGGCGGAACGACAGCUGAAAGCAAACACGCAUCUAAAGGAUCUGGAUGAGGAUAUAUUUGAUGAUGAUGAUUUCUACCAUCAGCUACUCAGAGAGCUGAUUGAGCGCAAGACCAGUGCAGCGGACCCCAAUGACCAGGUGGCUAUGGGCAGGCAGUGGCUGGCUAUCCAGAAGCUGCGCAGCAAGAUCAAGAAGAAGGUGGAUACCAAAGCCAGCAAGGGGCGUAAAGUCAGAUUCCACAUCCACAGUAAGCUUGUCAAUUUUAUGGCUCCUAUUGACCACAGCUCAAUGAGUGACGACGCACGCAGCGAACUGUAUCGUGGCCUGUUUGGCCAGAACUCCUCAGCCAGGGAGUGACGUGACCGAGCUACGCAUGUGGAGCAGAUGCCAAAGUGCUGGCAUAUAAACAAAACGGUGCCUUUUUUCGCACUCACAGCAACGGUGCAAAGCAGCAGAGUGGGUUUUGUCUGAGCCUGCUGUCAGAAGAAACUCCUCAGAGUGCAGUUACGGUGCUCUGACUUGACAGGAUAUUGACUGACUCACUUCACUUCUACCUUUUGAUAAUGAAUAACAUUUUCAGUGUGUUUUGUUGCCUUAAGACAAAUUUGUGAUAAAAGAAAUUGUUUCUGCCAAAA